GAUCGCGGCGUGCGCGUGCUGAACUCUCGGCCUAAGCCGCAGUGCUGGGAGCAUGGCUGCAACGGGCGUCAGUUCUCGACCUUCAGCAACCUGCUGCGGCACCAGCGCGAAAAGUCGGGCACUGCGGCGAAAUCAUACUGCCCGCGGUGCGGCGCGGAGUUCACGCGCACAACGGCCCGCAACGGGCACAUGGCCCACGAGAAGUGCAAGCCGCGCAAGACAUCGGACGCUUCGUAA